AUGGCUCCAGUUGCUUUAAAUGAUUGGGCCCGAGAUUCAAACACUGGAAACUUUGCUAUUGAGGAUGAGAGAAUUAAGAAAAAAAAGGCUCAAGCGAGACCAGCCUUGCCCCUGAAGAGUGAGAUUACCAGCAUGUACGCUCUGACUUAUGAGGGCCCAACAAAGACUGAAGCUACUGCUGAGCUGACCGACUAUGACGAUCAGGGCCCCGUUUCAGUCGGUGAUGAGGCGCAUAACUAG